AGCUGAGUGCGCGGCUUUAUCAUUUGUCGAAGUCGGCUCAAAGCGAACGCACACACAUUCCGCAUCCGCCAUGUCGGCCCCAGCCAGCAAUGCCAGCCAGCCGAUGAUGACAUCGCCCGGCGACAUGUUCAACCUGGACAAUCCCGUCUUCUGCUGCUACCUCUUCUGGGCCACGGUGCUGGUGGUGAAGAUGCUCCUCAUGUCCCUGCUAACGGCCGUGCAGCGUUUCCGGUACAAGCUGCUGGCGCUCGUACCGCUGGCACUGCGACGCCAGAUCUUUCCCAACCAGGAGGAUCUGUUCUUCAAGAAUCUGGAAGUGCAAUUCGAUGAUCCGCAUGUGGAGCGGGUCAGAAGAGCCCACCGCAACGACAUGGAGAACAUCCUGCCGUACUUCAUCAUGUCCUUGAUUUACAUCAGCACCAAUCCGAAUGCCACCGUGGCCUGCAACCUGUUCCGCGUGGCCUCCGUGGCCAGGAUCAUUCACACUCUGGUCUACGCCGUGUAUCCGGUGCCGCAGCCCUCGAGGAUCCUGGCCUUCGCCACCAUGCUGCUGAUCACCUUCUACAUGGCCGCCGUUGUCGCCCUGCGCACCCUAAGCUUUAUCUAAAUAAAUCUAAAGAAACACUUGUACCUUCUGGCUUAAACCUCA